AUGACACAUGGCUACUAAUUGACGUUGCGAAUCUCUACCUAAGUAGGGGUGACCCGUAGAAAGGCCCGGUUAUAAAAGAGAUCGCACCAAGUUGGAAAACCAGUUCGGUGAUGGUUCAUCGACAAGAACUCAUCGCAUAAGUACAAGCAUUAGAUGGUAUAAAUCAUGUCUACAGCUGGACCGCAAAUAGUAGCCGCGUCGACGGCUGCCGCUUCGGCUUCCGGGUUCUCGGCAACUACCGUGUUCUUAUCACUUUUCAUCCCAGCAGUCGUUCUUUACUUUAUUUAUUUCCGACUCUCUAGACGUCAUAUGCUCGAACUUGCCGAAAAAAUACCUGGCCCACCAUCUUUGCCUAUAAUCGGGAAUGCCUUGGAAUUCCUUGGAAGUUCCGACGCCAUCUUCCAGAAUGUAAUGAAAAAGUCAGAGGAAUUCAAGGAUGUGGUCAAGUUAUGGAUCGGUCCCAAAUUAAUUAUUUUCUUGAUUGAUCCACGUGACGUUGAAAUAAUCCUAUCCAGUCACGUGUACAUCGACAAAUCUUCCGAAUAUAGAUUCUUCCAACCGUGGCUUGGCGAUGGUCUUCUCAUCUCCACCGGUCAGAAAUGGCGCAAUCACCGUAAACUAAUCGCCCCAACCUUCCACUUGAACGUGUUGAAGAGUUUCAUCGACCUAUUCAACGCAAACGCCCGCGCUGUCGUCGAGAAAAUGCGCAAAGAAGGCAACAAAGAAUUCGACUGCCACGAUUACAUGUCCGAACUCACCGUCGAAAUUCUUUUGGAAACUGCCAUGGGUGUUUCCAAGAGUACACAGUCCAGCGGAUUCGAAUACGCCAUGGCUGUAAUGAAGAUGUGCGACAUCUUGCAUCUCCGUCACACCAAAGUAUGGCUCAGACCUGACUGGCUAUUCAACCUGACGAAAUACGGAAAGAAUCAGAUAAAAUUGCUCGAGAUCAUUCACGGAUUGACCAAGAAGGUCAUCGCGCGCAAGAAGGAGGAGUACAAGAGUGGAAAGCGUAAUGUCAUUGACACCAGCGCGCAAAAGAACGAAAAGGCUGGCAAUACCACCGUCGUAGAGGGUGUUUCGUUUGGUCAAUCGGUCGGCCUUAAGGACGAUCUGGACGUUGAUGACGACGUCGGUGAAAAGAAGAGACAAGCUUUCCUCGAUCUCUUGAUCGAAGCUGGCCAAGACGGUGUUCUUCUUUCUGACAAAGAAGUCAAAGAACAAGUAGACACCAUUAUGUUCGAGGGACACGAUACGACUGCCGCUGGAUCCAGUUUCUUCCUAGCAAUGAUGGGCUGCCAUCCUGAUAUUCAAGAAAAAGUCAUUGAGGAACUCGAUGAGAUCUUUGGUGACAGUGAUAGACCAGCUACUUUCCAAGACACCUUGCAGAUGAAGUACCUCGAGCGCUGCCUCUUGGAAACUCUUCGCAUGUACCCACCUGUACCUCUUAUCGCUCGUGAGAUCAAAACAGAUCUGAAAUGCGCGAGUGGAGACUAUACCAUUCCAGCUGGCUGCACAGUUGUCAUUGGCACCUUCAAGUUGCAUCGACAACCACACAUCUACCCUAACCCUGACGUCUUCAAUCCUGACAACUUCUUGCCGGAGAACACCGCGAACCGUCACUACUAUGCGUUCGUACCAUUCUCUGCCGGGCCACGAUCCUGCGUAGGAAGGAAAUACGCAAUGCUGAAAUUGAAAAUCGUCCUGUCGACAAUCCUCAGAAACUUCCGCGUAAGAUCUGACGUGAAAGAGUCCGAUUUCAGACUACAAGCGGACAUCAUCUUGAAGAGAGCCGACGGUUUCAAGGUGAGGCUCGAACCAAGGAAACCGGUAGCUGCUACCGCAUAAAUCUACUAAUACAAAAGAAUUUUCAUUGCAAACGAAAAUUACAAUUUGCGGCAAGUUUCUCACGCAAUCGGUAGGUAUGCUAUUUCAUCGUAUGUACAAAAACGGAAAUCGUUGGAAACUAUUGCGCGUGCGCGAGAAACUCUCCCUUCAGAUUUUAUGUUGUGUAUAAAUGUGUGUAUAUUUUUGUCAACCGUGCAUGGACGGUAUUUACCACUUACGUUGAUAUUUAUCUUAUGCAAUAAAUUAUGCAGCCGUAGCGUUGCGAAACCCGA